GGCGCGGCCAUAGCCCCCGGAAGUUCAACCCGGGCCGCCGCGCUAUGGAUCGCUCGCUGCGGCUCCUCGCGCGUUCGCGUUUCUUCUCGCGCGCUCCAGCUUCCCACCUCAGCCCUGGCCCCGGCCCGGCUGGCGCGGCAGUCUUCCUGCUUCGGCCUCGGAACGUCGUUCGAAUGGCAAGCCAAAAUUCUUUUCGGAUAGAAUAUGAUACCUUUGGUGAACUCAAGGUCCCAAAUGAUAAGUAUUAUGGCGCCCAGACUGUGAGAUCGACAAUGAACUUUAAGAUUGGAGGGGUGACAGAACGCAUGCCAAUCCCAGUUAUUAAAGCAUUUGGCAUCUUGAAGCGAGCAGCUGCUGAAGUAAACCAGGAUUAUGGUCUUGAUCCAAAGAUUGCUAAUGCAAUAAUGAAGGCAGCAGAUGAGGUAGCUGAAGGUAAAUUAAAUGAUCAUUUUCCUCUCGUGGUAUGGCAGACUGGAUCAGGAACCCAGACAAAUAUGAAUGUAAAUGAAGUCAUUAGCAAUAGAGCAAUUGAAAUGCUAGGAGGUGAACUUGGCAGCAAGAAACCCGUGCAUCCCAACGAUCAUGUUAAUAAAAGCCAGAGCUCAAAUGAUACUUUUCCCACAGCAAUGCAUAUUGCUGCUGCAAUAGAGGUUCAUGAAGUACUGCUACCAGGACUACAGAAGCUACAUGAUGCCCUUGAUGCAAAAUCCAAAGAAUUUGCCCAGAUCAUCAAAAUUGGGCGUACUCAUACACAGGAUGCUGUUCCACUUACUCUUGGGCAGGAAUUUAGUGGUUAUGUUCAACAAGUGAAAUAUGCAACAACAAGAAUAAAAGGUGCCAUGCCAAGAAUCUACGAGCUCGCAGCUGGGGGCACUGCUGUCGGUACUGGUUUAAAUACUAGAAUUGGCUUUGCAGAAAAGGUUGCCGCAAAAGUGGCUGCACUCACAGGCUUGCCUUUUGUCACAGCUCCAAAUAAAUUUGAAGCUCUGGCUGCUCAUGAUGCUUUGGUUGAACUCAGUGGAGCCAUGAACACUACCGCUUGCAGUCUGAUGAAGAUUGCAAAUGAUAUUCGUUUUCUGGGUUCUGGUCCUCGCUCAGGUCUGGGAGAACUGAUUUUGCCUGAAAAUGAACCAGGAAGCAGUAUCAUGCCAGGCAAGGUGAACCCCACCCAGUGUGAGGCAGUGACCAUGGUUGCAGCCCAGGUCAUGGGCAAUCAUGUCGCCGUUACCAUUGGAGGCAGCAAUGGACAUUUUGAGUUGAAUGUUUUCAAGCCGUUGAUGAUUAAAAAUGUGUUACACUCAGCCAGACUGUUGGGGGAUGCAUCAGUUUCCUUCACAGAAAACUGUGUGGUGGGAAUCCAGGCCAACACAGAAAGGAUCAACAAGCUAAUGAAUGAGUCUCUAAUGUUGGUGACAGCUCUUAAUCCUCAUAUAGGGUAUGACAAAGCAGCCAAGAUUGCUAAGACUGCUCACAAAAAUGGAUCGACCUUAAAGGCAACUGCUAUUGAACUUGGCUAUCUCACAGCAGAGCAGUUUGACGAGUGGGUAAAACCUAAGGACAUGCUGGGUCCAAAGUGAUUUAAAUAAAUUCAUAAUAAAAAUGAUUGUCAUAUAAAAUAAAAAGUGAAACAGACUCCUUAUAUUUCUUAAACAAAAAUGGAUAAAUGUGAAAGGAAACUGCUAUUGAACUUGACUGUCUCUAGCAGAGCAGUUUGGUCAGUGUAUAAAACGCCAGGACAUGCUAGGUCCAAAAUGAAUUUUAAAAGUGUAAAAUAAAAUAAUUAAAUUGUAUAAAAUCAAAAGGAAAACAGACUUAUUUUUCUUUUGUGUUAAUUGACUCGUAUUAUAUAGUUGAAUCUGUGAUUUUUGUGUAUGGGUGUUUACCAUUUCAAAUGUUUUAUAAGAGCCAUAUCAGUUUUUAAAGAGUUGUAAUUUUUUUGGGUGGUUUUUGUUUUUAAAAAAUUCCCCUAUAGUAAAAAAGUACUUGUUAGCUCAUUCCCAAGUUAGGUCUUCAGACAUCUUUUAUUUUCCUGUGAUUUGGGAGCAUAAGCUGAUCAAGCAUUUGCCCUCCUAAGUGGGGUUGUGAGUGUUUGUAUGUGUGUACGCAUGCAUGCACACGUGCAUGCAUAUAUAUGGAAUAUAUAUAUGUACACAUAUAUAAGGAAAUAGGAUAGAUUAACAAAAUUAAGACAUAUAUAUCCUAUGUGCUAAUUACACAGACACACACACCUCCUGACCUUAUUUAAAUUAUCCUAGGAAGACUGGAAAGACUGAGUCAAGAAUUAUAGGACAUGGAUUAAAAAGGAUAAGGGGUGCAAGCAGGAAGCUUGGAAAGAAAGGGAGGGUGUCAUGGGAGUGAGUCUUGCCCAUCAUCUCUCUGUGCACCAGUGCCAGGAUUUUUCAGCAGGAGUUCAUUUGAAACAACCUCAGGGAAUUUUGAAUUAGCAGAUCUAGGGAGAUCCAGGUUAAGAUGAUUUAAACCUGGAAGUGAAGGCUUUGUUUAAAAUAGACCCAACCUCAAUUAUGUAGGGAGUUGGAACAGUUUGGUUUGUUCUUUUUUCCCCUCCCACAUGUAUAAUUAAUAACAGGAUUAUGAAGAGAGUGAGUCCCACCAGCUAAAGCAUCUCAUCUGUAAGUACUGCUCUAUCAAGUGUGUUUAAAAAAAAA